AAUAUCAACCAUAAAUUCAAUGGUUAUAAGAGACAGACAUUAAUUCUUAUUUUUGAUGUCUAAAUUAUUAUAUUGAAAUGUCUCCGGCUGUUUUACUAUGGAUACAUUUAGUAAGAAUUCAAUUUCAAUCAGUCGCAGCCAAUUCAAGAAAAAUAGGAAAUUGCCAACAAAUAGUCUGCGAUGUAGGUUUUGAACCGUCUCCCUGCAACAAUAACAGUAUUGGCAAUUCGUGCAGAGAAUGUAGACCCGGAUAUUUUAACGACAUACAAGGAAGUAGAAUCUUAAUUGAUGAAUUAUCCAAAUCUUAUUGGCUAAUUCGAAAAUGUCGUGAAAGACGACUUUGUAAUGGAUUAUUUGAGACUGUCCUCAAAGAGGGAAAUUCCAAGGAAGACACUUUGUGCAGUUGUACAAACAGCAAUUACAGAUAUAGGAUAGAUCUAAACAAAUGCCUGCAAGUGGAAGACAACAAUAAUGAAUCGUCAACACACCUUUAUCAAAUUUUAAUCAUUUUACUUCUCAUGAUAUUAUUUGUGGUUUUUAUGGUUUUCUUGUUUUUAUAUUAUGCAAGAGCGAAAAAAAAAUUGUGCAGAUGCAAAUCUCUUGAAACCUCAAUGAUGGAAGAAGGAGGAGAAGCCUCGAUGAUCGGCGAAAGCCAAUCUCUGCUGAAAGAUAUAGAAUUGUCAAACAUUUCCAAUGGGAGUAAAAUUGUUAAAAAGACUCUGAAUAUUGAUUUAUCAGAAAAUAACGGCAUAUUUCGGCAUUCGUCUGGAAUUUUUCUUUACGAUGUUAAAUCAUAUCUUGACCAAGACUUUUUAACAGUUAGCAUGAAAAGUGAAUUUCAACAAGAUUGUCAGAAAAUUACUGUCACUUGUCAAACUAGUUCUGAACUGCAGAAAAAGAUUGGUAUAUGUGUAAAACUUCAAUCCAAGACUGAUGACAUUAUCCCAAUAAUUCAUUUCUUUGAUUUUAAAGAAACUUUUAUAAUGGAAAAGAGCAAAUUUGAUCUUCAAGUUCUUCUGUUUGUUACAAAUGAAUUGACUGUUGAGGAAAAUGGUUCUGUUAAGGGAAAAUUAACAUUUAACGUUUGUACAGAAAAUAUGCAAUUAUCCAACAUCAUAGCCAUUCGUAGUUUUAAAUUAUCCAGUACUGCUGAAAAUUUAGUCUUUUCAAUCAAUCGGCAAAUAUCGAAUGAAGAAUAUGAUACACAAGAAAUCUCUAUUGAUAGAACUCGCCUUGAUCUAUCAUUAGUCGAAACGUUUCAAUACAAUUUCAAUAUUCGCAAAUACAAUGUUAGCGGAUCAGAUGGCUCACGAGAUUCGUUAAAACUAUCAAUAAAUCUACUGAAAUCGUCAGUGGAUAAUUUUAAAACUAUUGAUAUCGAUUUGAAUAAAGAUCUACUCGAAAAUCCUAGUUUUCAUUUCUGGUAUGAUAAGAUAUCAACUACUUUAAAAUGUCCAUUUGCUCAAUUAAGUAUUCCCGACGACGCGACAAAUUCUCCGGUAGAGAUUUCAUUACAUGAGAAAAUCUACAAAGACGACGAAGCUAUUCCUGAUAUAGAUAAUAUUAGAAAAGGAAAUGAUGAUCAAAUAUUUAUUAAACAUCUAAUAUGUAAAGCAGAUGAACAAAGAUUUAACAAAGUGUGCAUGCUAAAGAUUCCAUUUCUGUCUUCAAUGCCUGAACGUGUUUCUGUAUAUCAUAAAAAUGAUAAAUGUCUGCUAAAAGUUGAAAAUGUGAUCUGGGAUGCUAGCUUUAUAGAAAUUCAUAUUACUGACUUUAACGAAUAUAUUAUCGUCAAUAACGAAGGAAGAAAUAUGAUAAAAUUCUAUGUCUACGGUGAUAAAGUUGACGAAGAUAAGGCGAUUUUAAAAAUUUCUCCUCAAAUUCAGAAAAAUCAAUUCCAUACUUGCUUCGUACCUCAAUCGUUUAUGAAAAAAUUUAAUGUUGAUGUGGAAAAUGAAAGAAAAAUUGCAUUAGUAUCUCAUGAUAAAGAUGCAAGUCAACAGAUUGAACAAAUUAAAACCGUUUACUUUGAGAUAGAAAAGAAAGAAAGUAAGAAUUAUCCUCAUUCGGUUAGUCCUGAAAUUUUCAAUUUAGAAGAAAUCAUUGAAAAAUUUAAUCCUGAGAGACGGGUUACUUUCUCACUCCAAUUAGGGGAAAAUAAUGAAGAUUUCGAGACAAUUUUGCUGAAUUGGACAAAUAUAUCUGAUACGACUUUUAACGAAACUUCUCCUCUUCACUCUGUUCAUUUUAAUUAUAUUACUGAAAAAAUGAUUUUUCAAAUGGCGCAUGAUAAAUAUUCAGAAAUGACUUUUAAAUUGUUUGUUUGCGUUAUUGGAGGUGGAAAUUUCUUUAAUUGCUGUAAAAGUUUUCCAGGAAUUCCAUCUUUACGCCUAUCGAGAUUUAGUUGUUUAAAAGAAAUUAGAAAUUAUCUUUGGAAGAAAAUUACGAGAAAAAAUUUAAUAUACAGUUUAGAAUACAGCGAAAGGGAACUUGUUACAAAGUUUAACAUGUAUCCGCAAGUAGAGAAACUCUUGAAAUUAUUCACCUUAUAUGAUAAUGAUUACCAGGUAAAACCACCAGAGUCUAUUUCAUUGAUUAUUGAUUAAUAGACAGACAUAAAUUUUAGUAUAAAUAAAUGAAUUGAUCCCC